AUGGGAAGAUACUUCGGGCCCAACGAGGAUCUCAUAACUUCAUGCGUCCUACCUGUGCACCUCCUCAAUAGCGACGACAAGCUCUUGUCGAACCUCCAGGCUGUGAUCGCCAAGUUGCGGACGCUCAAGCUCUCAGUCUGGGUCGAUAAUCACCAGCCCACCACGAGCAAAUUCGCGCAUGUCUUCAACCAUGCAGCCAUUCUUCAGGACUUGGAACUUGAGAUCGUCAACCAGAAAUGCACGACCCAAGGUCUUAGUCGCUACAUCUUUGACCUCCCUUGGUACCAGUAUGAGCUGGAUACCUCCGAUCUUGUCAAGAAUUUGCUGCAGCAGACCACCAUGCCUGUUUUCGAGAGUUUACGCAUCACGGGCGGCACGAUCGAUCUAGCAGACAUUCGCGCCUUUGUGAAGCGACAUGGCAGCCUCAAGGUGAUAUACGCUACUUGGUGCGAGAUUCGAGGCAUUGGGUCUUAUGAAGCUAGCUUCGAAGGCGAUCACGCUCGAUGGAGCCCGUUGACGAUGGAUGAGAUUCUUGAAGGUACGCCGUUGGAGCAGAAGUUGACCCAGGAGCUAGGAGAGGUCAGGGUCGGGUACUUGAGUAUUCCCGAGAGGGAUGAGCAGAUGUGGGAUACGGUGGGAUGGUAUGGGGCGGUCGAUAACUCUCUUGAGCACGAUGAUGAGGUUGCCGAGUAA